CUAAUACUGAGAACGUUUUAAAGAUGAACAAUCUAAAUUACAAAUUGUAUCUUAUAUUAGUUCUUUUCAUUUUAUUUACGUUUUAAUCCGACUACAUUGGACAGUGAAAACACUGAUACAUGUAAAGUUAUAUUUCCUGGUUGGGGUGAAACACGUUCAAUGGAAUACUUACAUACGAACGGACGUCGUUUUUUCAAUUAUUUUGGAUCCCUUGUGAAUUUUUUUGAACAGAAUAAAUUUUUCAUUAAAAAUUUUACACUUCGUGGUGCUCCAUAUGAUUUUCGUAAAUUACCAUAUGAAAAUACCGAUUUUAUGGAUAAAUUAAAAUCAUUGGUUGAAGAGACUUACAAAAAUGCUAAUCGACGACCGGUGGUUUUGCUUGGUCAUAGUAUGGGUUCAUUGUAUACGCUAAAUUUUCUUAAUAAACAAACAAAACUAUGGAAAAAAAAAUAUAUAAAAUCGUAUAUAUCAGUGUCUGCGCCAUUUGGUGGAACUGUCAAAGCGUUAUUAGGCGUAAUCACUGGUGAUAAUUUCGGUAUAUUUUAUCGUACUCCAUUGAGUUUUCGACCCAUUCUACGAUCAUUCUCUUCUAUUAUAUCUACUAUACCUGAUCCAAGAAUAUGGCCUAGUGAUCAAGUAAUAAUUACUACUCCGGAUAAAAAUUAUACAGCACAUAAUUAUCCAUCCCUUUUUCAAGAUAUAGGUUUUCCAGUAGGUAAGUUUAUUGAAGGUAUAUUUUUAAACGUUUUUUUAGAUUUUCUCCUACUACUGACACAUUCAGUGAUUCAUCAACUUUACUGUCAAAAUUUCAAACAUUUUUUAAGGUGCAUUUUUUCAUAAAUUGUCUUGUGUUUCUUUAUCCUCAUAUCGAUGAUCAGGGUGUUCAGGUGGUACAGUCUAACUAAAAGCAUUCAGAAUGGGCUAUGGAAAUAGCUUUAUCUAUUCAUAUCAGCAAGAUCGAUUAUUUAGUACUUUUUCCCAAGAAAAUAGGGCUUGUAGAACACUCUCAGUUCUAAAAUUCGUUAUUUCUUAUGCAAGAGAUGGGAUAAACUUUUAAAAUUCUUCUCAACAAUAUGGAGUGCAAGGGGCUAUACCAUAUUCAUAGGUCAGAAACCAGUAAAUAAACCACCUGCCAUCUGAGGAUAAAAUUUUUGAAGUUGAUUUUACGGAAAGUAUCAAACUGCAUAACAGACUAAGCCCUAACUUGGAAUCCUCAGGGGACAUGUCGUCAGGAUCUAAAGGUAGAUAUCAAAAUUAUGAGUAACACUUGGUAACGACUGUAAGAACAGUUCAGGACAGAAUUGGUUAAAGAUUCCCGGUCAAGAGUCUAUGCCUGAAUAGCAGAAACAGAUUUUAGUAAUUAGGUUAUCAAGUGUAUAAAAAAGCUGUUCACGAGUUCAUGACAUUAGAUUAUCCUAAAGAUAUUCCCGAAGUAUAUUGCGUCUAUAGUUCCGGUUUAUUAACAAUAAAACGACUUAUUUAUAAACCAUCAAGUUUAUUUCGCUCAGAAUUUCCUAAUCAGUCACCAAAGCUAGAAUAUGAAGAUGGUGAUGGUACAGUAAACCUUCAAAGUUUACAACAUUGCACUAAAUGGCCUAAUGUAUCAGUUAUACACUUAAUUGUAUCUAAUCAUGUUCCAAUUUUAGCUGAUGAACGCUUUUUAAAGUUUGUACAAAAUCAUGUUACUACUAGUACUGUGUCAAAUAAUUAAACUAAAAUCAAACUUAUCAUUACGAAAUACAAAUAAAUUAAAGAAGGGUAUUUGUAAUUG